ACCUGCAGCAGCGGCCCCAGGCACCCCUCCACGCCGUCCAGGACCAGGUCGAAGGGCACCCACAACACCUCCACUAGAUCCACUAGCAGCGCACAUGCAGGGGCCAGGCCCUCCGCCAGCAGACCGCCCAGCUCGGCGCAGGUGGCCAGCAGCGGCACCGCGGUGUUGGCCAGCGGCGCUGCCACGGCCCGGAGUACCACCUGCGCCGCGCGCAGCAGCGCCAGCAGGCACUUGUGCAGGUUGGGGAGGAACAGGAUGGUGCCCAGGUAUCGGAUCCGGGUCAUCACUUCCCAUGUCUCUAUCCACCCGAAGGCGGCCGCAGAUGCGCACUGCCAUGGCCCAACGCCGAUUUGACGGACCUACAACGAGAUUCGCCGCCGAUGAGCGCAUCUGGAAUCCGGCGAGGCUUCGACGGUGGUUGCAAGAGGGACUGGGAAGCGCAUAUUCAAACAAGCUUGGGGACGAGAUCAUUGGCAUCCACAUUUCGAUUUCGACGAGGUAUUCACGGUGGGGAGAAGGACUGGAACCGCAGGUUUCCGGAUCCAGAUGUUCAUUCGGGCGAGGCAUCCACGCUCACAUCCGGUUGAGAUCAGGCCCCUGGAGAACGUCAGAAUUUUUGCUGCUAGUGGGAGGGCUGGCUCCUGCUGGUGAGAAAUUGCGGAAAGGUGAAUUAAAAGAAAUGCAGAUUACUCGAGCUAGAUAAAUCCAUUCCAAGAUACAAAGGAUCUUUAGAAGAGGAGUUCCACACGAGCCUUCUGAAUUUGGCGUUCCGGGCAGAUCAUGAGGGUAAGAAGCAUUUCUCCAAUGGAGCAAUUGGAAAUCUGGCACGGUUCUGCCGCAGUGAUAGGCCCAAACAUGCUGCUAGUUGCAUGCCCUCUAACCAUUUCAUUAUCAGGUGUUUAUAUGUUAACAUGGAGUCGGAAAAAGGAGGAUGUUGUAGGGCUGAAAGCUCCUAAAAAGGAGAAGCGAGUGAAGAAAGAAAAUAGAACACAACCUCCUGUAGAAGCACGAUAUGUUGCACCAAAACCGAAGAUAGCUACCAAAUCACCAGAUAAAACUGUUGAGAUUUUUGAUGGGAUGACGUUGCUUGACCUCUCUAAACGAACCGGUGCAUAUAUUAGUAGGCUUCAAGGCAUACUUGCAGAUCUUGGUGAAAAGGUCGAAUCAGAGUUUGACUCUAUCAACAUUGAUCUUGCUGAGUUGGUUGCAAUGGAACUUGGUGUUAAUACCAGAAGAAUGCACACUGGUGAAGGCACGAAUGAACCACGUCCUGCUGUAGUAACAGUAAUGGGCCAUGUUGACCACGGUAAAACAUCGCUUUUGGAUGCUCUUCGGCAAACAUCUGUUGCAGCUAAGGAAGCUGGUGGUAUCACUCAACAUAUCGGUGCUUUUGUUGUCGAGAUGCCAUCAGGAGCAUCUAUCACAUUUCUCGAUACUCCAGGACAUGCUGCCUUCAGUGCUAUGCGGGCUAGAGGUGCUGCUGUUACAGAUAUUGUAGUCCUUGUGGUGGCAGCAGAUGAUGGUGUUAUGCCUCAGACGCUUGAAGCUAUGUCUCAUGCAAAAGCAGCAAAUGUUCCUGUUGUAGUUGCCAUAAACAAAUGUGAUAAAUCUGGAGCUGAUCCUGAGAGGGUCAGAAUUCAACUUGGUUCAGAAGGCUUGCUUUUGGAGGAUAUGGGUGGGGAUGUGCAGGUGGUUGAAAUCUCUGCCGUAGCAAAAUCUGGUUUGGAUAAAUUGGAAGAGGCUUUGCUCCUUCAAGCUGAGAUGAUGGACCUGAAAGCCAGAAUUGAUGGCCCUGCUCAGGCUUUUGUGGUGGAGGCAAGGGUGGACAGGGGUAGGGGUCCAUUGGCAACAGCUAUAGUCAAGUCUGGCACAUUAGUUAGUGGGCAACACAUUGUUGUAGGAGCAGAGUGGGGAAGAAUUAGAUCUCUUAGAGACACAGCAGGAAAAAUUACAGAGUCUGCAAAACCUGCGAUGCCUGUUGAGAUUGAGGGGUUAAGGGGCCUUCCUAUGGCUGGGGAUGAUGUCGUGGUUGUUGAUUCAGAGGAAAGGGCAAGAAUGCUUAGUCAAGGGCGGAAGAAGAAGCAGGAGAAAGAUAGACUUCGAAAGAUUGAUGAAGGCAUGGCAGAUGAGCUAGAAAUUAAAGAAGAGACUCCUGAAAGAGUAGAAAUGCCCAUUAUUGUCAAAGCUGAUGUUCAAGGCAGCGUUCAAGCUGUUACAGAUGCAUUAAGGAGUCUUAAUAGUGCACAGGUUUUUGUGAAUGUUGUUCAUGUAGGUGUUGGUCCAAUUAGUCAGCAUGACAUUGAUCUGGCACAAGCAUGCGGAGCGUAUAUAGUUGGUUUCAACAUUCGCACGCCUCCUAUUGCUAUCACUCAAGCAGCAGCAAGAGCUAACAUAAAGGUUUUGCUGCACAAGGUUAUCUAUCAUCUCCUUGAGGAAAUGGGAAGGGCCAUUGUAGACAAGGCACCAGGGACUGCUGAAACCCAGGUUUCAGGGGAGGCUGAGGUUCUGAACAUAUUCGAGCUGAAAGGGCGCAGCAAGUCGAAAGGACCGGACAUCAAAAUUGCUGGCUGCCGUAUAACUGAUGGCCACUUUAGCAAAUCUGGAACCAUGAGACUGUUGAGGAGUGGAGAUAUUGUAUUUGAGGGUCCCUGUUCGUCUCUGAAGCGGGAGAAGCAGGAUGCAGAGACAAUCGAAAAGGGUAAUGACUGUGGACUGGUGAUUCAGGAUUGUGAUGAUUUCCAGGUUGGGGAUGUUAUCCAGUGCUUGGAGCAAGUGAUUAGGAAGCCCAAGUUCAUCUCAACACAGAGCGGUUCGGUUCGGAUUGAAUGCUAAUAUAGUAAUUAUUUGCGCCUGACAUUGUUUGGUUUUCUGUUAAUUCAGCCAGUUGUGCUGAACUGACCAAGGUUCCUGAGUGUAACAAGAUUUUGCUCCCUAGUGACUUGUUGCAACUGUGACCAACACACAUUCUGAUAUGAACUAGCACAUAAUUAUUUCAUUCAGGAGCUUUUACAGCCUUCGGGGCCAUGCCUACGUGAGAAGGAUCAGUGAGUUCUAUAUUCCCUUUCAUAAUUCAUCCAAACUAUGUUGCAGGAAAAAUGCAAGUUAUCUGCUAUUGUAAUCGCCACACAUUUGAUUGAUUCCCCGCUCUCUGGAGUCGAACUGAAGCCUUUUUAUGUUGUACGUAUUAUGAACUCUGUAUGCUGUAUUGCAUUAUGCUGACUACUGUAUGGAAGACGCUUGUAAGUUUAACUGCAUGCCCAGAAAUUUGAAGAUGCAUCUAUAUCA